AUGUCUGAUAUCUUUACAUGCACAUACGCUGUCGAUAAGCAGCAGAAGAGGCAAAAGGACGUGCUUCUGCUCGAUGGAGACACCCCAAAGUAUGGUAUUAUACGCGAGGAUGGCAAAGGAAAGAUUGCAAAAAUCGUCAAAUACGACGGCCAGGGAGGCAAAAUAGUGCUCGCAGAGGUCCAAUGGGUCCGCGACCGCGAAGACAAGAUUCGGUUCCUUGUACCCGGAUUGGUCGUCUCGACGAGUCUAGUCAGCGAUGCAGACGACCGGGAGCCUUCAACCUCUGGUGCAGGAACGGGUAACAGUGGCGUCGGAGAUGGGUGGAUCAAGCUCGACAAGGCAUGGAAGCACUAUAACAUUACCAAGGAUAAGGAGGUCUUUCUUUCCUCGUUUAUAGGCGCGGAUUCACGGACGUAUGUAUGGCAUUUGCGUGGGGCUAUCAAGGUCCUGUCGCGCGAUGACAAAUCUGGUCCAGUGGUUGCCAAACACGUCGAUCAUAGUCAUGGUGGUACGCUCGAAGUCCGCGAUGAGGCUACAGAGGAACGUAUUGGAGACAUGCUCUUCAUAACCUUCCUUGCGAGUGAAGGAUUCCGGGGUAGAACGCGGUUCAGCUGGGCUAAUGCCUUCUCUGCACCCGGCUUCUUUGGCUAG